UUUUCAGACUCCAAUCAGUUAAUUGUUCAUCUAAUUUACAAUUAACCUUGUUCUUCAUGUUGAUUGAUUAAAUUCAAUGGUAAUUCAAUCGAACACCUUUUUUGUUUGUUUCUCUAUCAUCCAUGUUAAUUUAAAACCGUUCAUUUUGAUACCUUUCAAUGUGAUGUAAUUUACAUAUAACUUGUAUCUUUUUACACCUGAUCAUCCUUUUCAUCAUCUUCAUCUUCAUCUUCACCAUCACCUGAUACCAUGAUGAAAUAUCAUCUUGCUCCUUCAUCCAUUUUCAUGGCAAUGAUUAAGAUGAUGUGUCAUCAACUUACCUGGUUAAGUAUCAGUUUCCUACUUAAAGAUUUAUAUUAUCAUCAUAGUGGUCAAUGUCUACGAUUGGUCAGCGUCUCUGUACCUUACAUGGCAUUUACUGGAUCGGAUGUUUCAAUGAACUGUUCAUAUGACUCAGAAAAUGAUACAAUCUACUCAUUGAAAUGGUAUCACAAUGAAACUGAAUUCAUCUCAUAUCGACCAUCAGAUCUAAUCAAUGUCCUCCGUGUCUAUGAACUACCUGGUAUAGCAGUGGACAUGGACAAUUUGACCGAUGUUAAAUUCAUUGAAUUGGUCAAUCUUGACCAUCAAUCAUCUGGACACUACAAGUGUGAAAUUAUUGCUGAAACAACAUUUCAAACUGAUUCAGAUUCUGGUUACUUAAAGAUUAUCGAUAACAUUUUACCCUCUGAUAAUGAUGAUGAUGACCAUGGACUAGAUAAAACUGACCACAAUGAUGAAGAUGGAGAUGAUAUUGACGAGGAGACAAUUGAAUUAACUGAUGUGACCACAAGUGAUUACUUAAAACCGAUAAUAACUGUUACCAGAACUGAAUAUCAACUUGGUGAUGAGGUUCAACUCAAUUGUUCAUUAACGAUUCCGCCAUCAUUGUUUACCUCCCACUCCACCAUCUCGACACUGGGAUCAACAUCCUUCACACCAACAAAGGAUAAAAUUGAUUUACACUGGAAACUUCCGGUUACUUGGGAUCAAAGGUCUUGCCCAUACAAGAUAAUCAAUUACGAUAUUGAUAAAAGCAAAACAAUCAACAACAAUGAUACAAAUGGUUAUCAACAAACAACAAUCGGUUUACAAUUAACUAUAAAUCACUGUCAUCUGAGUGAUAAUUCAACAAUUAAAUUAUCAUGUAUCGGAUUAAAAUCAGCUGAUCAUGAGGAUAAGAAUCCAAGGAAAAGGUUGAUAAGAACUUGGCUUGGAUGGAGAUAUUCAAAUUCAAUUAGAAAUCAGAAUCAAUUUAAAUUAUCUGUCUUGAUGGUAAUUACAAUUAACUUAAUAGCAUCUUCAUCGUCAAUAUAAGAUGACAAUUAAAUGUUGAUCAAUUCACCGAUUGAUCCAAUUUCAUUAAUGUCAUUCAAUCCAAUUUGAUUCAUAUGGUUCAUGAGAUUGUGACUUUAAUAUUAUCAAAUAUUGAUGAUGAUGAUCAUCAUCAUGAUAUUAAUCAUUGAAUCUCUAUGGUAACAUGAUCAUCAUGAUAAAUUGUUGAUUGGAUUAAGUAUUAAAUGCAUAACUGUUUUUCAACUGGUAACCAGAAUUACAACUUAAUCAUCAUGUUUGAUUCUUGAUUAAUGAUCAAUGAUUAACUAUUGACAGUUUCUCGAUAAUAAUUAAUCGGAGAAAAGAAA